CACGUUUGAUGCUGAUGUUGAUGGUGACCAAGACACUUAGGUUUUUCACGGGUCUUUAUGCGUGGCAUCUGUGUCCCUUGUGCUGCAUUGCAUUGCAGUGCAGUUGGACAGGUUGUUUGGUCCCAUAAAAGAUGUGUGUGUGUAUAUAUAUGUGUAAAACUAUGUUUGGGGGUGUUGUGUGGCCUCGUUUCGCUCCUGGAUUUUUCAAAUCUCUCACACCCCUUGCCGCCCACUCCCUGUUUUGACUCAAAUGCGUUUUGUGUCAUCUUCUCAUAAUCAAAACAGAAAGGGGGGAGAGAACGAAGGAAAUAGAGGGAAAAGGGGAAGUGGGGCAUCUAAAAAGAAGUAAUGCGGUCUAUUCUUUCCUCUUUCCACUUCUCUCUCUCUCUAUCUCUCUCUCUCUCUCUCGCCAGGUAUCAAUUGGGAGCGUGUG